AUGAUGGAAGUCUUCAAUCGGCGUUGGCAAGACGUUGACCGUGCGAGGGCAUCGACUCUGAAGGCCAUUGGAGACCUUCUGCGGGUACAUGGUAAAACGCUCCACGACUACAAUUUGCCCAUCCCGGACGACCGUCUACUGGAACCAGAACUGGACAAUCAACUGUUCCACGCGAUAGACGUGGCAGCACAGUGGGCACCACAAGUGGACGCCCUGAACGCCCAACAGCGAACAGUGUUUGACCGUAUCAUGGUGGCUGUCGAUGACGACCAGGACGUGGCAAAAACAUUCUAUGUCGAUGGACCCGAAGGCACCGGAAAGACAACGCUUUACGGUUGCCUAAAAUGGGCACUUCAAAACCAACGACCGCCACGGGAGGUAUUGUGCGUGGCAUUCACGGGGAUCGCCGCGUCCCUCUGGGAUAGUGCACUCGACGUUUGGAUUGCCGUUUGGUACGCUGACUGA